AUGGAAACAAAAGUCAAGAAAAAGAAUGUGAACAAAGCCUGUAACACUCUGCCAAAGGCUGGAGAGAGCCCUGCUAGUGUCUCUAGCAUCUUGCCUUCAGAGCAGGUUUCACCAUCUACUGUGUCAGAUCUUCCCAGAAUUUUGCCCAGAGUAACACACCUAGAAGCUGGACCCCUAAAAAGGCGACCAGGCACUGCAAUAAUAUCAAAACGGUCAGAUUCUUCAAACAUGUCUCAGAUGCCACUGGAUCGGCCCCACAUCCCACCAAGAAGACCUCGCUUCAGUGUAUGCUAUAUCUGUGGCAGAGAAUUUGGGUCACAGUCUAUUUCUAUACAUGAACCCAAGUGCCUAGAGAAGUGGCAUAUUGAAAACAAUCAGCUACCAAGGCAUCUCAGAAGAGCAGAGCCGAGAAAACCUGAGGUCCUUGCUGGUGGUUCUUGUAUGCCUGCAGCUGAAAAUGAGGCAGCUUAUCAUAGUGCUCAAGCCCAGCUCCUGCCCUGUGGAAACUGUGGACGAACCUUUCUUCCCGAUCGUCUCAUUGUGCACCAAAGGAGUUGCAGAGGAGGCAGCAGCGGUGUGGGGCUGUCAGGCUCUAGCCCCCGUAGCUCCGGUAAAGGGCCAAGCUCUGUGAUAAGGCAGCCACCAACAGUGAUUUGUUACAUAUGUGGCCGUGAAUACGGAACAAAAUCUAUUAGUAUCCAUGAGCCACAAUGCCUAAAAAAAUGGCACCGGGAGAAUGACAUGCUACCCAAGCACUUGAGAAGGCCAGAGCCCAAAAAGCCUGAAGUCAUUACCAUACAAGCCAAAGGUUUCUAUGAUCUUGAAUCUUUAAAUGAGGCUGCCUGGAUCAGCGCCCAGAACCAGCUAGUUCCAUGUGAUAUUUGUGGGCGUACUUUUCUUCCAGACAGACUGAUCGUUCACCAGCGGUCCUGUAAACCUAAACCUGCAAAGUGA